AUGCCCAGCGAUCUUGAACAGCUUGUGGAGAUGGGCUUGGACCCAGAAAGGGCUAGAAUUGCUGUCUCAAAGACAGGGGGAUUGCAAGGAGCUCUUGAAUGGCUGGAAGUUAACCAAGACAAAUCCCUCGAUGAAAUACAGUCAGCUACCACUCAAACCAACGAUGAGGAAGGUCCUGCCUUACAACCCGGAGAAGGAGCUAGAAGUUUACUAUGCAAUGUGUGUGGCAAGAAGUUCCGUAGCCAUGCGCAGGCAGAAUUCCACGCUUCGAGAACAGAACAUGUCGACUUCUCAGAGUCAACAGAGGAGAUCACUCCAUUGACAGAGGAAGAAAAGAGUGCUAAGCUUGCAGAGCUACGUGAAAAGCUAGCAGAAAAGCGUGCGAAGAUGUCUGAGCAGGACAAAAUCGACAAAAAGAGGAAUGAGGAAAUACGACGGAAGAGCACAAAAGAAUCACAAGAUAUAAAAGAAGACCUACAACGAAAAGAACAACUCAAGGAAGCCGCCAAAAAGCGGCGCGAGAAGCAGGAGGAGAUGGAAGCUAAGGCACGAAUCAGAGCCCGAAUCGAGGCCGACAAAGCAGAGAGACGUGCCAAAGCAGAGAGAGAGAAGGCAGAGCGGGAAGGUCGAUCUGUAGCUCCCUCCGCUGUCGCUGCCCCAGCUGCCGCGGCUCCUCCAAAACCUUCAUCAGCGUACACGGAAACUAGAUUACGACUUCAAGCUCCAUCUGGAAAUGUGAUGAAAACGUUCCAUGUUGACACGACCCUAUUUGAAGUUGCGGCUGCGUUAAACCAAGAGACUGGGCUAGAAGUUCAGAGCUUCACCCAAAAUUUCCCAAAGAAGGUGUUUGAUAGUGAAUAUUUUGGGGAAACGCUGAAGGAACUCGGUCUGGUGCCUAGCGCCAGCCUGAUCGUCAAAUAG